CAGAGCGCGUCUUCAGUGGUGUGCAGAGGGUGGUUCCCUGUGCAGCAGCGCCUCUCCGCGCUCCUACGUGUAUUAUUUACAUUGUACUGUCGGGCUGGCUGCUCACACGUGUCCCACCGUCUCGCCUCUUUGUCCUGCAUCACACUUUCACUGACUCCACCGUCAGCGACGGAGAGAAGCUGACUGCAUGCCGCGUUUGCGCUUUCCUUGCACUGCUUAUCGUGCAGCGGACUGCUCAGCCUUUUGAUUGGAUUCCUUUUCAAUAAAGCGGAACGCUUCCCACCUGAAAGAAGGAAAGAAAGCAGGAAAAACAGAGGCAGGGAUGCUGCAUCUCUCCAGCCCUUGUCCUCUGGUUCCGGACGGACUGGGACGGGUCAGAUGACGUGCGGAGGGGGUUCUCCGGGUAUUUAUGUUUCGCCCUGCGCUGAAAAAGACCCAUCCCACCGGGAGAUCCAUGCUCCGGCUUUUGUGUCGCUGUCAUCAUGUCCCCAGCAUCGGCUCCAGAGGCCAGUGAGAGCAGCACAACCACGGUCCAAGAGGAGGCAGCGGCCAGUCCCAGGGAGGAGCAGCAUCCUCAGAAACAAUCUCUGACCAAGUCUUUGUGCCAGGAGUCUCACUGGAAAUGCCUACUGCUGUCCCUGUUGAUGUAUGGCUGCGUAGGAGUGAUAGCCUGGUGCCAGGUGACCAAGGUCACGCGUCUCUCCUUCGACAGCGCCUACAAGGGAAAGUCCAUGAUGUUUCACGACAGUCCCUGCUCCAACGGCUACAUUUACAUCCCCCUGGCUUUCCUGGUCAUGCUCUAUGUGGUCUACCUUGUAGAGUGCUGGCAUUGCUACGCCAGGAACGACCUGCUGUACAAGGUGGACGUGGACAGCGUGGCAGAGCGCAUACAGAGAAUGCAGCAGGCCACGCCCUGCAUCUGGUGGAAGGCCAUCAGCUACCACUAUGUCAGGAGGACGCGGCAGGUGACGCGUUACCGCAACGGAGAUGCAUACACCACCACUCAGGUUUACCACGAGAGAGUGAACACGCAUGUGGCUGAGACAGAGUUUGACUAUGGGAACUGUGGUGUUAAGGACAUCUCGAAGCAGCUGCUAGGUUUGGAGGGAUUCCCCAUUAGCAGGCUCAGGUUCACGAAGUGUUUUAGCUUUGCCAAUGUGGAGUCAGAAAACACCUACCUGACGCAGCGGGCUCGCUUCUUUACAGAAAACGAGGGCCUGGAUGAUUACAUGGAGGCCCGCGAGGGGAUGCACUUAAAGAAUGUGGACUUUAAGGAGCACAUGAUUGCCUUUUCUGACCUGAACCAUCCUCCCUGGUAUGCUUCCAACUCUGCUUUCUGGGUGGCAGCUGCGUUCACUUUCUCUUGGCCGUUGCGAGUGCUGACGGAGUACCGUACAGCCUGCGUGCACUACCACGUGGAGAAGCUAUUCGGCUUUGACUAUGUGCCAGCAACGCCAUCCGAGGAGCGUCCGUAUUGCCGACACAUCCCACGGGUCAACACCAUCGACAGCACGGAGCUAGAGUGGCACAUCCGCUCCAACCAGCAGCUGGUGCCCAGCUACUCGGAGGCAGUCCUGAUGGAUCUAGCCCAGCUUUCUGGGAGCUGCAACAGCUACUCCACAAGUGGACGGUACGGCAGCUUCAGGCAGAAUUGUGAACGCUGCCACCGCGCCAUCAGCAGCUCCUCCAUCUUCUCCCGCAGCGCCCUGAGCAUUUGCAACACAGCAAGCCCUCGUAUCCCCUUCAGCGCCAGUCGCUUCUCCCUAGGCCGGCUGUAUGGGUCCAGGCGGAGCUGCCUGUGGAGGAGCAGCGGGAGCCUGAAUGAGCAGUCCUGUCCCACCGAGAGCACUCGCUGUCUGUCAGGUCAGCAGACUAAUGAGGAGAACCCUCCGGCCUAUCAGGAUGCUCUGUGCUUUCCUGUGCUCAUUGUGCAUCGCAACGAAGGGUGUCUCAAUCACGACCACCGCUCUUUGCACAGGAAUGGCUCCUGUGUGGAGACGUCCCUUUGACUCACAGCUAGCCCAAUGUGAUGACACAAACUGAGGGUGAGAAACAUCUUUAACCCUGGCUUGCGAGGGUGUGUACAUUUACAAUGCUUUGUGAGUAUGCUAAGUGAGUACUUACAUUUUGGUCAAAAUGUGACCAAAAUGUGGUCAUAUUCUGGCCACAUUACAAUCCAAAACUUCAGCACAACACAAGUUAGUCCAUGACAGUGAAGUGGAAGGAAAAUCCUCCAUCCACCAUUUUGUACAGGCAGAGUACAGCGAGGACAAUCCAGUCCGUCUCAGGGCAUCAUGACAGAUUCAUGCAUACACAGACUCACGGCCAUUCUAAGAGCACUUUGAUAAUUUAACCUAAUUUGCAUGUUUUCAUACAGAGGGAGGAAGCAGGAGUACCUGAAGAGAACCCAAGGACAUGCAAAUUAUAUGCAAAAAGGCUCCAGACUGGAUUUGAACACCUGCACAUAGACAGGUCAGAAAAAAACAUUGUGGAGAAUUUUAAUGUAGGAUUAGGCCCCAAACUUUGAACAUCACUUUAAGCAAUCAUCAAUUCAUCAUAAGAGUAGUAAAUAUACAGCCAAAGCUAUAUGGAAAUUGAUUAAAUCAUAGCAUAUUUAUGGCCUAAGUCCCAUUGAGAAACUAUGGCAAGACUAGAAGAUUUAUGUUCGCCAACACUAACCAUUCAGUCUGACUGUGAAUGAGCAAAAAUGUCAGUCUCUAAGUUUGCAAAGCUGGUAGAGAGAUAUUCCCAAAUGACUUAGCUGUAAUCACAGCAUUCACUUAGGAGGACUGGAUCCUUGCAUACCACACUUUUAAUACUUUACUUGUAGAAAAAAAUUAUCAUUUUCCUUCCACUUCAAAAUUAUGCACUAAUUUGUCUUGGUCUAUAGCAAAAAAUCCCAAUAAAAACACUGAAGUUUUCAAGUUUGUAAUGUAAAAAAAUGUGAAGCAUUCAAGUGAUAUGAAUACCUCCUUAGCAGUCUGUAUGUCUUUACCAUAAGAUUAACCUGCAGGUUAUAACAAGAUUUGUUCAGACCUUUACUGGUACAGAUAAAAAAGAAAAAAUUCUGAUAAGUUUGGCACAGAUAACCAUUAGAAGGCUUUAAUCAACCAAGCUGUUCUCAGCACUCUAUCGAGUGUCUACUUUGAAAUGUCACAUUGGUGAAUGAGUGUCUUGGUAAUCUUUCUUCAAUUCGGACAAAUUAGGAGUUUGAUAAGAAGUGAAAAAUUUGCAAUACGUUACUGAUGCACAAGUGAAACAACAAACACACUGAGAUAUUAAUAGAGACAUACACAUUGCAUGAGUCAUGUGACUCACGAGGAAAAAUACAGACAUGAACGAAACUCAGCAGUUUCCUUAUAAAAUGCACCUCUGAUGAGCUCAUCAGUCAAGCCUACAUAGAAAAUCGAAAUAAAACUCAAAUUGUGGACAUAUUCAUUCAAGGUCAGCACAGAUAAAAAAAAAACUUUUAAGUGUCUGGUAGAGAUAAAGCAUCUAGUGAACGGAAAUCAGCAUGUUUGCAAUGACAUUAUACUCCCUUCCAUGCCAAAUACAGAACAGGAGGAGGAUGAAUAAUUUAGUGGAUGAAGGACAUGAGAACUCUAAACAGAAUCAUCAAUUCAAACUGUGUCUUUUUUUAUUUCACAUUUGACAGUUCUACUCAGGCUACCUCUUCGUUUAAGUGCCUAACAUCAACCAUUUCCAAGAAACAUCCGCUUUCGCAAUCUGAACCAUCUCAUCUCAGCUUCUACCCAAUAAAACUACAGAACAACAGCCUGUGGUAUGUCACAGACACGUUGGUCUUCUGAUGUCAUCGUUGUUGAAAAUGGCAUCUUCCUAUAAGUCGGGUCAAACGCUCUUUCUCGUGUUUUUCAAAAGACGAUGAAUAAAUCAAAAAUGACUUUCAAGAUAAUGUAACACAGAUAUUGUUUUGUGAGCUCUGCGCUGCUGCUGAUGCAUAUCAGAGAGGCAGCCAGAAAGCUUGUCAUGUAACUCUAAAAACAGGCCUGGACUUGACACUGUUAGUGACACAUUCAAUAAGAUGACAGGAUUACAUGAAAACAAGACUUAGAUGUACUUCCUUUUAUCCCUAAGGACAACCAAAACAUAUAUGAUAUAGCAUAGACCUAAAAUAAGAGCACAGGCCUGUAAUGUGAAGAUUUCCUUUCUAAAUGUAAAAUAUAAAGAAUAACAUUGCAAUUGCUAAAGGUUUUCAGCGACAUUGAGUGUAAACGUAGUGUAGUUUGCCUUUUUUAUCCUUCUUCAGUAGCUGUGAGUUGUAACACACAAAAGUAGUAAAAUAUCAAAAAGAUAUUUAUAGUUUGUCAAUAACUUUGAAUACAAAGGGGUUUCUUAUUCAUUUAAAUCAGUUUGCUGUCAGUGACACUGUCCUUCUCAUCACGUACUAAUCCAUUAACGGUAUUUGUCUGUGCUCAAUCUGUCACUGACUGUAUUCCACAUGAGGUGUUAUGUUUGGAACUAGCUUAAUAGCAAUACCUAAAAUACAUAAAAAAUAAGAACUGAGGCUGGAUUAAAGAUUCUUUCAAACCUCAAUUGUAUUAAUAGCACCUAUGCAAGUCCCGCCAACCUCAGGAUAGUGUGAGACAAUGAGUUUGCUUGCAACAACAUUCCUGCUGAUAUUUCUUUCUCUUUUCAUUGUGAUGCGAGUGAAGUUGUGCAGAAGUUGUGUUUUUCUAGUUCCAAGAUGGAAGAAUCAAAUCAAACAUCCCCUGAAGUCUAAAUUGAAACUCCAUAAGUCAAAGGCAGUGUCCAAUUUCAAUACCCGAUAUGGCUGCCAUACAGAUAACAACAUUGUGGCUAACAGAGAGACUGUACAAACGCUAUUUGUGAACUAUCUUAUUUAGCUUUAGGACAUUUAAAAGGGAAAGAAAUACAGUUUUAUUGGCUUAAAUAACAGCUAGUUGUUAGCACUUUUAAUGUAUUUAGGGUAUUUUUUUUAUAGGAGCAAUCAUUGGGAAUGUAAAACCCAAAUGUCCCACAAUUAAAGGGUGACAGCAUGCCAUCUAUGUAAUUGUUGCAAGUUACCAUCUUCAGCUAAUGCAAAAUAAAAAUAUUUGAUGUAGAUUAAUAUUAUUUUAAUUUUCAACAAAAAUGUCUGAGUGGUGAAGGGUUGGGUCAUGUCUCAGCAUGAAUUAUGCUAAAACCAAUUAAAUUUGAUGACCACUACAUAAAUUAUCCAAUCCCAUUUUCUAAUUUAUUAUCAUUCGGCCAAGCCAACAAUAAUGAUCGCGAUGUCUGAUUAUGGUUAUUUGUAAAAAAUAAAAAUUAUUUGAGGAGAUUUGUUUACGGGUGCAUUGUUUACAUUAAAUGUGACAAACAAAAUCUGCUUGGUGCAUAAGCCAGCCUGAAAGGCCAAUAGCUUCCCUCUGUUAGAAUAAAAGAUUUUGUCAUGCAAAGCACUAAACCCUUUAUUGUGUCUGGCAAGCAUAUUAGUUUGUAGCAAUAGAUUGUACUGUUUCUGUCCAGAAUGCUUUGGGGCUCAUCUUUUUAUAUCUGUAUAAAUUGCUGUAUGUAGGGCAGAGAGGCUUUGUACUGUAAAUAAGAUAGAGUUGAGAAUAAUGACUGUUCUUGUGGAUCUUUAGCUGAAUGUUUCGCUCACACACAGAAACACUGAGGCAAAGGCAGCAGGAGAAACUUUUGACAUCCAGGUGUUUAAUCUUGACAAGCUAUUCUAUCCUUAGUGCAACACAGCUGAUACCAACUUCAUGUGAACUUUAAUUAAUCUUCUGAGUAGUUUUUGUUCCUUUAACCACACUUAUGAAUCACUUGAAUGCACUCCUUCAGCUAGGUAAGCUGCCAUGUUUGAAAUGGCGGCAAAAGAUGGUGCAUUCACACUUGAACACAUACAGCACGGUCUUUUUGUUAGCCUCAAACGACCUCAAAAGGUUAGGAGUCAUUGAGGUUAUAUUUCUUUUACCUUUGAUUUUUUUUUUUUUUUUUGGGAAGGUUAAAAUAAUUUAUGUUUAUUUACUGUCAUGAAUCGCACUACUUGAUUUACUACCUGUUGAAAAUGUUGAGUGAAGACAUUUUUGUGUAUUUCAGUAUCACCACAAAGCUGCCUUGAUGUUACAUGAGGACUAAAUACCAAAUAUCUGUUCAAAACUGGAUAAAAAUUUCAAUAAAUGAAAAUGCUCACUAAA